AAUCAUCACCCCGACUGUCCCGGGUAGUACAAAGAAACAAUCUUUGCGGCGCCCCCGCCCUAUAUAAGCCGCACGCGCGACCAGGCCACCCACUUCCUCCUCAUCAUCUCGAUCAAAGCUUGAUUAAUUAACUGGGUGUUCGUCGAUGCGCUGAGACAUCCGCUCGUUGAGAGGUGGAUUUGUUGAUUCGUGUUUUGUUUUUGUUGUUGGUUUGAUCGCGUCGCGUGAGUGUGUGCAUAUGCGUUGUGCCGCCGUGGCGGAGGCGAGAUCGAUGGACAAGCUGAGCGUGCAGCACGGGCACCACAACGGCAUCUCGAAGCCGCCGGUGCACGGAGGGAAGGGCGGCGGGGGAAGGGGGAGUAGUAGGGGGGGCGGCACCGGUGGCGGGAAGGGGAUCAAGGUGGUGUACAUCUCCAGCCCCAUGAAGCUCACUGCCAGCGCCGAGGAGUUCCGCGCCGUGGUGCAGGAGCUCACCGGCCGCGACUCCAACGUCGCCGACCACGACCUCGCCCACCAGCACCAGCACCACUACCCCUCCUCCUCCUCGUUUGGCCGCGCGUCUGUGCCGGCCGCCGCCGCGUCAGCAGCGGGCGUCGUCGUCCCCCGCUCCGUGCCGCCCACGAUGGCGACCGCGAACGCCGGCGCGGGGGUGCGGAUGAUGAUGGCGGCGGACGCCGGUGGCGCCGCCGGCGUCGUGGCCGCGGCUCCCAUGGCCAUGCCGUUCCAGAGCGUGUAUGACCAUGGGAGCUUGGUGUACGGCCAAGACUACUGGUAGCGAGUGGUAGGAUCGAUCGGAGCUCCGUUCCUUCUGCUGUUCUACAUGCCACACCAUGAUUCCAUGGAUAUACGGGUAUAUAUACUGCUUUCUGUUGUGCAUGUACGCUAGCUUCUUCCUUGUUCUUAGCUCGAUGAUCCAUCUUGUAUUUCCUGUGUACGAUUACUAAUACAUUAGUUAAUAUAUAGGAGAGGUUUUGUAAUUAUCUGCAUACUGUUUCAAUUAAGCUUUUGAGUUUUAAUUGU